AUGGCUUCCUAUACAGACUGUGCUAUCCUGGGAGAAGGAGGUGCCGGUGCAUGUAUCGGAGCUGUAUGUGAACAUGCAGUGACUCACGGAGCCACUACAGCCGCCUGUCAUUCGUGUGGAUUAGCAUGCCUUGGUGCAAUAGUAGGAGGAGCUGUUAUAGGAGCUAUCGUUUUAUGUGCUGCUUGUUACGCCGGAACCAAGUAUUCUAAAAUGCACCCGGUUGGUAAAGGAGCAGUGGUCAUUUCGUCCACUGCCGUAGGUGCCUUUAGUGGCGCUAGCGUAGCUGAAUUGGUUGUUGUUAGCGCUGGUGCAGCAGUCACUGCUCCUGUCGUGGUGGCUGGUGCCGUUGUUGGAGUCGCAUUAGUAGGAGGCGCUGCUGUGGUGGGAGCUCUAGCUGCCAAUGCUGACAAAAGGGACAAAUUAGAGAAGGAACUACAGCAAAUGAAGGAUAAGCAGGAAAAUAUGGAGAAUGCGAUACAAGGCAUGAAAAGUGCAAGUGGAUCGUAA